AUGGGUGUUCAUUCUUUAUGGGGUAUACUGGAGCCUACUUCAAGGGCAGUGAGGCUCGAGUCCUUGAGUCGGAAAAGAAUGGCUGUGGAUGCUUCAAUUUGGAUAUAUCAAUUUCUGAAAGCAGUUCGAGAUAAAAGUGGUAAUUCAUUAACAAGUUCACAUAUUGUUGGUUUUUUUAGAAGAAUUUGUAAACUAUUAUAUUUCGGAAUCCAACCUGUUUUUGUCUUUGAUGGUGGUGCUCCUGUUUUGAAAAGGGAGACUAUCAACAAGAGAAAAGAGAGAAGACAGGGGAAAAGAGAUGAUGCUACAAAGACUGCUCAGAAAUUACUGGCAUUACAAUUACAGAAACAACAUGAAUCACCUAGUAAAAAAAAAGUUGAGGAUAAACCCCAAGAUGAUACUGAUUUUAAAGGAAAUGAUGAAUAUGAUUUACCGCAAAUCCAAGGGUUUGAAUACUCUAAAGAAGAUCAAAGAAUAAAUACAGAAGAGUUUAAAGAUAUGGCUGAACACAUUGAUGAACUUGAAGGUAUUGAUUUGAACACAAUAGAUCCUGGAUCUAAAGAAUUUGAGGAACUACCUUUGACAACUCAGUAUAUGGUGCUUUCACAAUUAAGAUUAAGAUCAAGAUUAAGAAUGGGGUACACUAAAGAACAAUUGGAAAACAUUUUCCCUAAUAGUCUUGAUUUUUCCAAAUUUCAAAUUCAAAUGGUUCAAAAGAGAAAUUUUUUUACACAAAGAUUAAUGAAUAUAACAGGUAUGGAUGAUUCUGACCAAAAAAUCAGAAGAGUUGCAGGUGAGAGAGGUAAAGAAUACAAGAUACAAAAGACAGAAGGUGGUUGGGCUUUAAGUAUUGAUGAAGGUUCUUCAUAUAACAAUCCAGUUGAUUUGGAUAGAGAGGAGCGUAAAAAACUAAAACAAGAGAAAGGUGAGAUGGAUAAUGAAGAUGAGGAUGAUGAUGUUGAUUGGGAAGAUGUUGAAAUUGAAGCCAAAGAGAAGAAGUCUGUUAGUCAUGCAAUGAAUUCAUUGCCUUUACCACCUGCUGAAUCUGUUGUUGGUGCUGGUGACUCUACUAUAAGGUCCUUUAUGGCAUACACUAGUCCACAAAAAAAAGGUUCCAAGGCCCAAAAUGCUAAAGUGGCCGAAUAUGAAGAUGAUAAUAGCGAAGAUGAAGCUUUAAGACAAAUAGAGGAGAUUGAAUUGAUAGAGGCUAUUCAAAAAUCUAAAAAGGAACUUGCUCAACAACGAGAACUAGAACGUCAAGUUGUGAAAAAUGACAAAAAGACAGAAGAAGAAGCUGAGUUGUUUGAAGAUUUGCCCUUUGACUUCGAAACAAAAGGUGUAGCAUCUAAUGAAAGAGUGGAAAAAAACUCCAAAUCUGCACCUGAUUUCAAAUCCUUAUCAGAAAUGGAUUCAUUCCUUGGAAUAUCACCAACCAAGAGGAAAAGAGAAGAUGUUGUUGUUUCUGACCCACCAGCUAAGAAAAAACCUUCAAUCCCAUCAGUUCCUUCAUGGUUUAAUACUACACUUGAAAAUCCGUUCAUGAAGAAAUUGGAUGUCAAGACUCCACAGCAAAAAGAAAAGGAAAAUGAGAAUUUAGUUCCUUGGAGUGAAGCUAGAGACUACCUUGAAUCCAAAGGUGAAGAUGGAGUGGUGAAUGAAGGAUCAGAUGAAGAUGUUGUUGAAGUUCAAGCGCCAGUUGAAAAACCAACAUUUGACAAAGAAGCUGUUGAAGAGAAAGAGAAAGAAUCCAAAGAGAAAGUGGUUGAACCUCAAGAGCCAGAGCCAGAACCAGAACCACCAGUUGUUGAUUAUGAUUUUUCAGAAUCUGAAGAGGAGAACUUAGUUGAACAGUUGGCAAAAGAAGAGAAGGAACAUGAAGAGUUUCAAAAAGAUUUGAAUCCACAUAUAUUGAACACAUUUGUUGAAAAUGAAGAAUAUUUGAAGAAGCAACAAAAAAAGGAGAUGAGAGAUUCGGAUGAAGUUACAGUUAAUAUGAUCAAAGAGGUUCAAGAAUUAUUGGCAAGAUUUGGUAUUCCAUAUAUUACAGCUCCAAUGGAGGCUGAAGCACAAUGUGCAGAGUUGUUGAAACUAAAGUUGGUUGAUGGUAUUAUUACUGAUGAUAGUGAUGUUUUCCUUUUUGGAGGUGAUCGUGUUUACAAAAACAUGUUUCAUGAGAAGCAUUAUGUUGAAUUCUAUAGUGGACAAGAUAUUGAAAGAGAGUUGGGGUUGAGUCAACAGAAGCUGAUUGAAUUGGCGCAGUUGUUAGGGAGUGACUACACAGAAGGAUUGAAAGGCAUUGGGCCAGUGAAUUCGAUGGAGAUUUUGACACAUUUCGGGGACUUAGCUAGUUUUAGAGAUUGGUUCAUCGAAGGACAGUUUGAUAUUGGUAAGCAACAAAGUGAAGAUGGGUUCUUGAAGAGUUUGAGAAAGAAGAUGGUAAAGAACAAUGUGCUUUUGGAUCAAGGGUUCCCAGAUAGAAGAAUAGAGCAGGCUUAUUUGCAAGCAGAGGUUGAUCGCGACAAGACUGAGUUUGUCUGGGGGUCACCAGACCUUGAUAGGAUACGGACGUUCUUGAUGACGAGCGUAGGCUGGGGCCAGGAGCGAGUGGACCAGGUGUUGGUGCCGUUGAUUAGAGAUCUGAACAAGAAGAAGACCCAGGGCACACAGUCCACCCUGGGAGAGUUCUACCCCGUGGACUCAUUCAACCAGAGAAAGAAGAAGAGAACGCUGAAA